GCAGGAGGCAGCCCUGUCGGCUGUCGUGCUUGCUGCUGCUGCACGCCGGGCCACUGCAGCCAGCACCGUCUCUGUUGAAUGAGUAAAUAGUGUAAAGGAGGCUGAAGAGGUGCUUUUUAAGGCUCUGGUCCUUCUGGGCAGAGCCACUGGAAUUAGUUUUAUUUCUUGCUUUUUUAGAACUGGUGUGGGAAAGAUGAGGCACUGUUUUGAAAGGAAGGGUUUGCUGCUCUAAGGGAUGUUGGGGGUCUGCUGUUAAUCCUGUUAGACUUCUGAUUUGGAAAGGGGCUUCAUUCCUUUUGAAUGUGACUUUAAGGAAGCUCUGUUUGCACACCAUGUCUCAUACCGAACUAAUUUGUAAAGUACUUUCUUGGAGCUCAGUAGAUCUUUCCCAUAGUCUGUCCUGUUUCUGCAUGUCCUGUGUUUCUGCAUUAAAAGGUGCAUCUCCCUUGGAUGUCUGGAAGGCUGUUUGCCACAGGAAAAACUGUGAUUUACUGUGGAGUGUCCGGAUUAUGGAUUAACAGGGCAGAAACAAUAGAUUGGGAAACUGUGGUGGAGGUUAUGUAUGAUGGCAGUCAUUUUAUGGCAGAGACCUGCUUGAGGAGACUGUUUUGUCUUUGGCAUCUCACCAGGUCCAGCUCAUUUACCUGCUGUAAACCUGCUGUAAACCCACUGUUGCCAGUGCACAACAGAAACCUACCGUUCCUCCCCUUCUCUGUGCCCUGCAGUUGUGAACGUGGCUUCCUUGUAUGUGUGAGAUGAAGCAGCACUAGUUAAAUGUUGGUGGAGGGUAAAAGUAAGUCCUAAUGCUUAACUUGAGCUAACAGUUUGUUGUCAGAUCCUGGCUGCACAUCUCCUGGCCCCAGCUUGGUUUGCUGAGCUGCCAAGGUGGCAUUGCAGCGGAGGGACACAAACCUCUACCUGACCAGAGCCCACCUAUGUGCUGAGGGCAGCCCUGCUCCAAGACUAUGACUUAAGGGUCCCACUAUUCUACGUGCCUUUUUGAACAUCUCUGUUGUAAAGAUGUCUCACGAUCACAUGAACAGCUCCAUGUUGCCAGUCACACAUCCUCCUGAACAUCACCAUCCAACAGCAGCCCCAGGACAUGGUCAUGGAUCUGACAUGAUGAUGAUGGCAAUGACUUUCCACUUCAGCUAUGAGAAUGUGCCAUUGCUGUUUUCUGGACUUAUAAUCAAUACUCCUGGAGAAAUGGCUGGUGCUUUUGUGGCUGUCUUUUUCCUGGCCAUGUUUUAUGAAGGCCUUAAGAUUGCUCGAGAGUGUCUGCUCCGUAAAUCCCAAGUCAGCAUUCGAUACAACUCCAUGCCAGUGCCAGGUCCCAAUGGCACUAUCUUGAUGGAGACGCACAAAACUGUUGGGCAGCAGAUGCUGAGCUUCCCUCACCUCCUGCAGACUGUACUGCACAUCAUUCAAGUCGUGGUCAGUUACUUCCUCAUGCUGAUCUUCAUGACAUACAACGGAUACCUCUGCAUAGCCGUGGCGGCAGGGGCAGGGACGGGCUAUUUCUUCUUCAGCUGGAAAAAGGCAGUUGUUGUGGAUAUCACGGAGCACUGCCAUUAACACUGGAUGCUGCCCAGCAGCCUCUCCGCCCCACUGCUCUCUUGAAGUGCAGCCAUCACAAGGACUGGAUCAUUCCUAAGCUGAAAGAGAAUCAAUCUGAAGAAAAUCAACUGGAGUUCACCACAAGUUCCAAGCUGGGGUGUGGGGAUGUGAGGAGCUGGGGUAUGCUGCUCCCCUUUGCUGCAGGAUGGCAGCAGGGCUGACUCUUGAGGGUCCCGUGGUAGCCACUCUUGGCUAGGAUUUGCUUUAUUCUUAGAUUAUGCCGUGAUUGAAAUUAGUUGGCUGACAGAAAUGUAGAAAUUAUUCUUAAAAAAAAAAAACCAACAAAAAAACCCA